ACAAUGUGGAAAUCAUUUUUGUUUUUGCAAAAACCAAAAUAUUUCAACAUCAAAUUUGAAACAUUUGCGGUGAGCGGUGGUGGUGGCAGUGGCCACCGUUAUUCAUGGUCGUAGCAACAGCCACUGGCCAUGGAAAGUGAAACAUCUCCGGCAAGGAAGGUAAUGCUGGUGGCUGAUCCAAGCCGAGAGUCGGCCGGUGCACUUCAAUAUGCACUCUCUCAUGUAGUUCUUGAGAAUGAUGAGCUUAUCCUUCUCCAUGUGGAAAACCCUGGUUCUUGGAGGAAUACAUUUUCAUUCUUGAGAAGGUCAAGUUUUCCUUCAAAUUAUAUUCCUAAUCUGGAAUUUGGAGGAGACAUUGAUUUUCUUGAGGCUAUGAAGCAAAUUUGUGAGGUUGCUCAGCCCAAAAUCCGAAUCCGGAUAGAGAAGAUGCAAACGGAAGCCAGAAUUAGAGAUAAAGAUAAGGGUACUGCAAUUCUUGCCAAGAGCAAGAUGUUAGGUGUUGAUUUCAUCAUUAUUGGCCAAAGGAGAAGUCUUUCCACUGCCUUGUUAGGUGGCAGAUUAAAAAGAUCAGGAAGUUCAGGGCUAAAGGCCAUAGACACAGCAGAGUACUUGAUCGAGAACAGCACAUGCACCUGUGUUGGAGUACAGAAAAAGGGCCAAAACGGAGGCUAUCUACUGAAUACAAAAACACAGAGAAAUUUCUGGCUUCUGGCAUAAACACUUUCACCCAAUCAUCACCUCUUGCCAACAAUGUUUCAUCAACUUUAAAGUCAGUAUGGUGUGUACAGAUCAUGAUUAAUCACUUCUUGUUGAGAUUAAAAAGCCACAUCAAUAUGACAGCUUUUUAAAUAAGCAGAUUGCAUAAACUGUUGAGUAAUAUUUUGGCCCCUCAUUGUCUUCUUACUGUUCUUAUCUUAGCUAUUUAAUUGAGUGUAUUACAUGUAUGUGCCAACAUAAGUGUUGUAAAAAUGCAUACAAAAAGGAAAUAGCAGUAGAGAACAACUUCUAUUCUUCUCCUUUAUUCUAUUUUUUCUCUCUCUUACUGUCCAAUAACAAGCUAUUUUCAUAAAUCACGCCAAAGUAAUCUAAAAACAAAAUAAAACAAUUGUGUAAACAUGAGAACAAUUGGAGCCCAUUGCAUGGCUAUAUCUUGAUUUUGCUGAAGUGAGAGGCAGCCCAAGGAAAUAAGAAAAGAAGCUGAGAAGCACUAGCAAUUAGCAUAGUAUACGCACCUUUUUUUUUCUUUUUGUUCCAA